AAAGGGCAAAGCCUUCUGAAAUAGAAACAAAGUUGGUCACAAAUCACAUUGCCCGCCCGACUUUUUUUUUUUUUUUUUUUCUCCACUUUUCUUUAACAUGCUACCAUGGAGAACGUGACUACUGUCAGUGGGGCAAGUCGGAGUGGACUGGUGCCGAGGGGACCAUGGCCCUGGUACCUGUUGAAAACACCGAGGGCCCCAGUUUGCUGAACCAGAAUGGCAGAGCCACGGAGACUGAUGGCAGCAGCGGGGCCGGCAGCGGCGGGCAUCCUCCCCCGGCUGCGGCGAGAGGCUGUGGCAUAUUUACUUUCCUGUCAUCUGUCACUGCUGCUGUCAGUGGCCUCCUGGUGGGUUAUGAACUUGGACUCAUAUCUGGGGCUCUCCUUCAGAUAAGAACCGAAUUGGCCCUAACCUGCCAUGAGCAGGAAAUGGUUGUGAGCUCCCUCCUCAUCGGGGCCUUCCUGGCCUCUCUCACUGGAGGGGUCCUGAUAGACAGGUAUGGAAGAAGGACGGCCAUCAUCUUGUCGUCCUGCCUCCUUGGACUUGGAAGCUUAAUCCUGAUCCUCAGUUCAUCCUACACGGUUUUCAUUGUGGGGCGCAUUGCUCUGGGCGUCUCCAUUUCUCUUUCUUCAAUUGCCACCUGUGUUUAUCUCGCAGAGAUUGCCCCCCAGCACAGAAGAGGCCUCCUGGUGUCACUAAAUGAGCUUAUGAUUGUCAUCGGCAUUCUUUUUGCCUAUAUUUCAAAUUAUGCAUUUGCCAGUGUUUCCCAUGGCUGGAAAUAUAUGUUCGGUCUUGUUAUUCCCUUGGGAGUUUUGCAAGCAGUUGCAAUGUACUUUCUUCCUCCAAGCCCUCGGUUUCUGGUGAUGAAAGGACAAGAAGAAGCUGCUAGCAAGGUUCUCAGAAGGUUAAGAGCAAUCUCAGACACAACUGAAGAACUCACUGCGAUAAAAUCUUCCCUUAAAGAUGAGUAUCAAUAUAGUUUUUGGGAUCUGUUUCGUUCAAAGGACAACAUGAGGACCCGAAUAAUAAUAGGCCUAACGUUGGUGUUUUUUGUACAAGUCACUGGGCAGCCAAACAUAUUAUUCUAUGCAUCGACUGUUCUGAAAUCGGUUGGGUUUCAAAGCAAUGAGGCAGCGAGCCUUGCAUCUACUGGGGUUGGAGUUGUCAAGGUCAUCAGCACCAUCCCAGCCACUCUUCUUGUCGACCGUGUUGGGAGCAAAACCUUCCUGUGCAUAGGCUCCUCUGUGAUGGCAGCUUCAUUGAUGACCAUGGGCAUCGUGAAUCUCAACAUCCACAUGAACAUCACCAAUAUCUGUAGGAGCUAUAGUCCUAUCAACCAGUCCUUGAAUGAGUCUGCAUUUUUUGGGAUAGGAAACCUGUCAGCCAACAACAGUCUCAGAGAGCCCCUUAAAGGGAUCACCUCUCAUGGCAGGAGCUCCCUAACACCUAUGAGAAAUGAUGUGAAUGAGAGAGAAGAGAUGACCUUGACAUCCUUACCAAAUGCCGGACUAAGCCAGACUGGAUACCAAAUAGUCACAGAUCCAGAGGAAGUCCCGGCCUUUUUGAAAUGGCUGUCCUUAGCCAGUUUGCUUGUUUACGUUGCUGCUUUUUCAAUUGGUCUAGGACCAAUGCCCUGGCUGGUGCUCAGCGAGAUUUUUCCUGGUGGGAUUAGAGGACGAGCCAUGGCUUUAACUUCUAGCAUGAACUGGGGCAUCAACCUCCUCAUCUCUCUGACCUUUUUGACUGUAACUGACCUCGUUGGCCUGCCGUGGGUGUGCUUUAUAUAUACAAUAAUGAGCCUAGCCUCCCUGGCUUUUGUUGUUGUGUUUAUACCUGAAACAAAAGGAUGCUCUUUGGAACAAAUAUCAAUGGAGCUAGCAAAAGCGAACUAUGUGAAAAACAACAUUCGUUUCAUGAGUCACCACCAAGAGGAAUUAGUGCGAAGACAGCUUCAAAAAAGGCCCCAAGAACAGCUGAUGGAGUAUAAAAGGCUGGGUGGUAAGGGCCAACCAAAGCAGCUUUCUCCAGAGAUCAAAUGGCCUCAAAACCUUCCGAAUGGCAGGUUUUGGUAGAACACCUCACAGGGUGUCUUUGUGCCAUCACGUAUUUGUUACUGCUGUCUUUUCUCUUCAAUGUCAUGGAGCUAGUUUUAAAAAGACACCCUGAAAUUAUAGACAACUUUUAAUCGCCACCUCCCCCUGCAAAAAGAACCUCAAAAUGUAGAUGAGGCACAAGGUCACAUAGAGUUUCUUUCUUAUUCUCAGCAAAGUGUUGUUGUUGUUGCCUCCAGUCAAUUAGGACUCAUAGCAAUCCUAUAGGACAGAGUAGAACUGUCCCUGAAGGGUAUAGGGGUUUCCAAGACUGUAAUCUUUAUGGAAGCAGAUUGCCAAGUCUUUUCUCCCAUGGAGUGGCUAGUGGGCUUGAAGUUUGAACCUUUUGGUUAGCAGCCUAGUGCUUUAACCAUUGCGUGCCUACAGGGCUCCUUUUUCUGACCAUGAUACCGGGUAAAAUAUAUACCAGCUAGCUGGUUGAAUGCUCCCCACCUUUUUCACAGAGUAGCCUUUGAAAGACUAUGUGCUAGUGAUAAGAUCAACCUUUGCCUUAAAAUAUGUAUAGAGGCCAGUCACAGCUUUAUUAUUCAGAUACCUAAGUGGUCUGAACACUUACACUUUUUGUCUACUAAGACACUACUUGCACUGGGAUCUUUUAUAAAAAAAGAACCAGGACACAAUGUUGACAGUUUAAUUGCACAAGUGUUCUAGAUUAGGAUAGGAUCCUGGCUAGGAUUUUAGUGAUAAUUCCUAGUUACAAUUCAACAAAUACAAAGACUAUACUGCUUAUUUUAAGAAUUAUGAAUAUAAUUUAAUGCAAAAUAUCUUAGUUUUAUUAAUUUCAUGCUAGUAUUAUAAAAAUAUUAAAAGAAACAAUUCUGCAACUGCUGAGAAAAAAAUAAGCAUUUUUUCCCCAUCUGUUUUCUUAUGUGAAUAGAACAAUUUCAAAAUCAUGGGACCAUAUUUAUUUAGAAGUAGCUAUUAGCAAAAAAAAAAAAUUUUUUUUUUUUUUAUUAGUAAAACAUUAGAAAGAGGUCAGGCUAUUACGUUAUUUAUCCAAAUCUCUAAGUAGGUUUGAGUUAAAUCAAGUUUAUAAAAUUCUUUCCUUGUAAGGCUUUCACAAAAACUUUACAGCAGUCUGGAGUUUCUCGCCAUUAUCAGCCCUCCUCAGGAAUAUCACUACCUCAGGUUAUGGCGCGCUGGCUGUAAUUGACGUUGACUCUCAGAUGACUGCAGAUAUAAGAAAUGACAUUCAGACAUCAAGCCAAUCCUCUCACUACUGUUCUCUGUGGUGAAACAGACAGACCACAGACCACACCAGAAACUUAGGUUUUUCAUCGUCACAAUAAUGGAUUACUUUCUUCUGUAUUUCUCCAGUUGAAUUUUAAGCCUUGGCAAAAUAUUUUACCAGUAGAACUUGGUUAUGAUGAUAAGACAAUCCACAAUGAAGAGUCUCAAACCACUUAACUAGUAACCCAUUAAAUUACUAAUAUUAUAAGCUAUUUUUUUAUGGGAAGGCACACACAAAAAAAUUAAAGCAUGAAUGAUUAGUCUGAAGAAAAGAGAAUCAAUCCUAUGAGCCAAAAACCUUCAAAGAAAAAGAGGAAAACCUGUAUUUGGCUUGGACUUUUCCUUAUUGGUAAUAAGGAGCAAACUGUCCCAGUUUGGUAUAAAGGUGUAUGAUUCACUACAUUCCAUGAUAACAAAGUAGAAAGAUGACAAAUCUAUGUAAGCAAUAGUCAGACUGUAUUAUCUGAAUCUCAGAAGACUGACUAAAAGUUCUGGUUUUGAAAUGGACUAUCUUAAUUAAAAUUGGCAGAGGAAGUUAUGAGGAAAGGAGGUUCGAGAUCUUAAACAAUUCUACAGUGGUACAUUUCAUAUGCAAGUUAGAGUUUGCAAUGUUUCUGUUUGUUUUGGUAGGAGAAGGGAAAUUGUGUUCUACAGGUCAAUUAAAGAGAUUUAUCACGAAUCUUCAGUGGAAUUAUAUGCUGAGAUUAAAUCAAGACAUGUAAUACAGAUUUUUUUCUUUGACUAGAAUCACAAAUUUUAAGAUAUUUAACAAAAUUAUUAGAUGUUUCCUUUGAAGUUCAAACACUACAUAUAUUUUAGCUAUUUCUUGGUUUAGCCAUUCAUUUAUGAAUGUAAAUGGGCAGGAAACUGUAAACCUAAUUGGUUUAUUACUAGUGAUUUAAAUUGUAGUGUCUUAAAUUGUUCUCUUCUAGUUUCCUUUUAUUUUUCUGAGUCUGUAACUAAACAACUUUGUCUUCGAACUAUGUUUUGACCCAAUACCCUCCUAAAUCAGAGCUUUUUGACUUUCAAAAAUAAAAAGGGAGAAUCCUUUUGAUUUGUACGC